GCCUAUUACAUCUAAACAUGGAAAGGACACGCUUGAGCCUGUUAUGCCUCCUGUGCGUGAUUGCAGCUGCAUCUGGGAAGGUUCUGAUGAAGAACACAUGUGCCCAGGGUCCAGAGUUCUGGUGUCAGGAUCUGGUGACAGCCACUCAGUGUGGAGCAGUGGAUCAUUGCGAGCAGAAUGUGUGGAAGGAAGGAGAGGAGACCCUGUGUGACCAGUGUAAGCAGAUUGUCGCAGUAAUGCUUAACAUGGUGAAGUCAUCAUCUAUCCAGACGUCUAUCAAGAAGUUCCUGCACAAUCAGUGCACCCACAUCCCUGUGUCCGCACUCAUCGAUCAGUGCUUCCAGCUGGUGGAGGAGUAUGAGGGUGUCCUGAUCAGCAUCCUGGAAAACCAGAUUAACCCCACUUCAAUCUGCUCUAAAAUCACCUUAUGUCCUUCUGAGCCAUCCACUGACUGGAGCCCAGAUAUGCCGGGCAGCGCCAUCUUGGAAAGUAUCUUGCCUCUCAUCCAUGAUAGUAUUCAGACUAUCCAUGCAAAAGCAACCCAGAACCUGAAGGAAGACUGGCCCAUCCCAAAGCCAAUGUGCUGGAUGUGUAAAUCUUUUAUGUCAAAGUUUGAGGCAGCAAUCCCAAAGGGCGCCAUUGCAAAGGGUGCAUCCGCUCUAUGCCUAGCCCUGCCUGGAGCAAUUGCCGGGGUGUGCCAGUGCUUGGUUGAGAAGUAUACAAUCAUUAUAAUAGAUACCGUAGUGGGAAAGCUGGGACCGAAACUGGUGUGUGGGCUGUUAUUCCUGUGCGUUACAGAGGACAACUGUGUGUCCGGAAUAAUUCCAGACCUGGAGUCUGAAGGGACCUGUGACAUGUGUCUGACCAUCACCUCCACUGUAAAGCCUACAAGAGGUGCAAACAUGACGCAGGAAGAAAUAAAUGCUAUUUUGUCCAGAGUGUGCACUGACUCGCUGGAGUGGAAAGAGUGUCAUGUAUUCCUGCAAGAACACCAGACACAACUAUCUGAGCUUCUCCUCAAGCCUUGGGAUAACAAGAUGACCUGUCAGGCAGUAGGUGCUUGUCCAGCUCCAUCUAAAACCACCCCGGAGGAUUCUGGGUGCACAACUGGACCGACAUAUUGGUGCCAAAGCCUGGACACUGCAAGAGAGUGCAAGGCCAUUGGACAUUGUCUUGCCCACGUAUGGCAUUAAACUGCUGUGUCGCAGAUCACUUAAUACUCACCUUCAAUAAACUGAUGUCUGUAUAAAUUCAGUUUCCACUCCUAUGUUGAAAUAAAAGCUGGCAACAAACAUGAA